UCGCAUGAAAUUUAUACAGCAAACAAUAUUCUGGUCCUUCUGGAGUACUGUAUUCUUCAUCAUCUAGCAGACCAGAAAACUCCUGCUUUGCAAAACUGCAUGCUAUAACUGGAAAUUCAAUGGAGAUUUCAAAACCCUUGUUACUUUCAUCUCCUGUGCUCAUACUUUUCUCUCUCCUCAUAGCCUUAUUUUUCAUCAACCCACCUCAUUAUUUUUCCAAGGAAAACAUCACUACCAUGGAAGCAGAAAAUGGGGUUUCUAUUGUUGAAAAAUUUGGAGUCAAGAUUCUGAAUAACCCUCCUCAGUCCAAGCUUGAUGAGCUGCAAGUCAACACUUGGUCCAAAUGGAGCGGUCAACCAAUGAAAAUUCCAUGGACUUUUGAAGCGGAGGAGACAAUGUACUUGCUGGAGGGUAAAGUGAAGGUUUCAGUUGACGGACAGGAGGGCUCUUUUGAAAUUGGAGGUGGUGACUUGGUCGUGUUCCCUAAUGGAAUGAAGAUCACUUGGGAAGUUCUUGAAGCUGUGACCAAACAUUAUCACUUGAAAAAGUAAAUAUAUCUUCACGACAUUCCUAAAUGAUAUGAUCGAUAUUCAUAUCUUAUUUUUGCUGAUAUGUACUGAGUUACUGACCCUGUAUUCAUCUUGUGAGCUUGCUGGAUACUCGAUCAAGGGGCACUAAUUGGCAGCUUGACUAUUUGACUAAUCCUUGUCUUGUGGUUUAUGUGGGUAAAACUGACUUCUUGAUCAUAUCAUCAAUGAAAAUACAGACUUGAAAA